AAAAGGGAUCAUAAACCCUAGUAGCUCUCGUUCAACAAUUAUCUCUUUUGAAGCGAAGCGAGCGCUGUUUCCAGUUUCUAGUCCCUUGCAAGAAGAGCCGAGAGAGGAAGGUUAACAAGGAGCUGGAACGAUGUAUCUUCAGUUUUACAUAAACGAUAAUGGUGACAAAGUCUACACUACCAAGAAAGAAUCACCAUUGGGCUUGCCCACUCAAUCUGCUCACCCAGCCCGCUUCUCCCCCGAUGACAAAUAUUCAAGGCAAAGAGUUCUCUUAAAGAAGCGGUUUGGAUUGUUGCCAACCCAACAGUCACCUCUGAAGUACUGAGAUCAUUAUGGCUGUCUAGUUUUUCAUCUUCAAGUGUCUGAAUGGGGUCUUUUCAUGUUGAAGAGUGUUGUGUCUUUUCAUCUUUGGUUGCUGAAUGUAGUGCAUCAGCCACCCCCGUUGUAGCCCAGAUAGUUGUAGACUAUUUCCUGGAUGGGAAAAAACAAAAAAUCCUACAAAUGGAUCUUUUAUGAAAACUAUGAAGUGUUCAUCGGUGUAAAGCUUGUUGGCAAACUGAACACCAUUGUGUCAUCUAAGUUUUCAUGGUUAAUGUCAAAGAACUAUUUUAAGUAAGAUUUUAAGAUGUAAUUUCUAUUAUUCUCU